UAUGAUGGGGUCAGUGAGGAAAUUUAUCGAAUUUUAUCGAACGAUUGCCAAUAUUAUUCUUUCCUUCUUUUUUUUUUUUUGUUUUAAAAUGGCGUUAAUUAUAUAUUUAGAAAUAAGGAGAGGAUAAGGAAAAAACACAAAGAUCGAAUCACGUUGUCCAAGUCACGUCAUCUUCGCAGCAGCAUGAAAGAUAUCUCUAUGGGUGAUUGCGCGGAAAUCUCCAAACCGAUCUAUUUUUAUCCCGAAAAAUUGGACGAUUUUCAGAAAUACGUGAAAACAAGUUUGUCCGGUUUGAAACGCGAUAAGAAUUUAGAGAAUUACACGCUUUUGAUCAGGUAUAUAAUUACAUUAUCGAACUCUUACUCUUUGCUAUUAUUACUUUUUCCCCGUUUAUUAUUUAUAAAUGUAAAGCGAACAAUUUUAUCAACAGAUUUCUAUAUCCAAUAGACCGUAAUGCAAUGUAAUUUUUUAAUUUCCAGCAAGGUGCCUCUAUCGGUAAGAAUGGGUCGCUUCUCUUCCGGCAUAUUUUUCCGGCAUCACAAGAAUACGUGACAUCACAUUAGCAUCCCACUUCCAGAUUAAGCAGAGAAACUUGUUGGCAGAAACGUGGUGAUUCGAUAAAGUUAAUAUGACGUCACGUGUUCUCAUCCUAUCGAAAUUCGCUACUUUCAGCGGCGGUAAUUCCAAUUUGUAGUAAAAGAAAGAAAUAAACCAUGCGUAUACAGAUGAUUUUUAUCGUCUUUGUUUCAUUCGUUGCUUUGAUUAAACUGUUAAUCUUUUGCAUAUAUUAAGAGAUUAUAUAUUCGCGAAAAUCUAUUUCGCUCUGAAACUCUCGAGAGGAGAAAUUGUAGAGUGCAAGAGAUUAACACGUAAGCAAAUAUAUCAACGAACAACGAUUAGCAAUGGUAUCGUGACAUUUGGCAUUGCAGUUCUUCAACUUUUCUGUGAAGAGAAAAAUGAACGGACAAAUUCGAAUUCAGCUGAGAAUUGAUAAUAUAAUUUCGUUUAAAAUUUCGUUCUUUUACAGUGGCAGUCCACAACAAAUGGCGAUAUUCGAUCAAAAGUUCGAUAAGGAAGACAUGGUGAUUGUUCAAGAUCCGUACAUGAAAGUGGAGUACAAGGAAUGCGGCACUUCCACCGACAAACUGUCGGCGAAAGUGGAAGCCUCAAGCUCGGAACACGAGGGGCCAACUAGAGACCUUAACGAGAAUGUAAUGGACCCAAUAAAUCGAAGAAUUUAUAAGAUUUCGUUCGAAAAACAAUCUUUAUUUAAAAUACUCCCUAAUAAUUUAAAAAAUUUUGCGUUUUCACAAUUCUAUUCUACUUUCUUUCUUUAACGCAGGACACGGAAACGUACAUAAAGGAAAUUGAAUUCAGCUCGAUCCCGGAACACACCGGGUCAGGAUAUUCUAUGAACAAGUUGUUGUAUCAAACAAGUCAAUGCCAAUGUGAUCAAGAUUGUUGUAAAUCCAAUGAAUAUUCUUUUGGAUCUUUGAAUCCAACUUUGAACAAGGCAGCUAUGUCAACGCAGUAUUUGCCCGAGGUAAAAAAAAGAAAAAAAAAUAGCGUUAAAGUAAAUGAAAGAUUGUUAUUAACAGGCAAAAAUUACAUAAGAAUAUCAUAAUUCCAUAAAGCAUCAUUUAAGAUUGUCUCGAAGCUCGAAUCCAAAAUUGCGUAAAGUGUUACAAGAGAACAACGAGAAUCUGUAUACAUCUAUCGAUUGCAAUAAUCACAUGGAUACUUGUCCUAUGAAGCACGUUAAUUCGAACACUCGAAAGGUUGAUUUUAGAGAGGAAAAUAUACACGGGCAUAACGAAACAUGCGCUGAACAGGUAUUACGUUAUUGGUUCGUGAGAGAAUAUUUGAAUAUGACUUUUUUUUCCUUUUUUGAACAGAAACAAAUGGAGAAUAAAUAUGCGUAUGAAAAUAUGACCAAAUUACGGAAAAAAAGGUCUAGGAACAACGAACCGUCGAGUGGUUACUAUUGCAACGAUUUUUCAUACCUCACUGAUCGAGGAGGAGAAGCUGACGACGAAAAUUCUCAACAAGUGGAACGGCCGAUUCGAAAGCACUAUCUCGACGAGAAACCUCAAAAAGAGAAUACUUUGUUGGAAAGUUCGGACGAGUCGAUUUUGGAUUAUUACGAAGGACUUGAUAUGGAGCCUAUCCUGAAAAAUCGAUUCAAACCGGCUCUGCUACGAGCGGUGAAUUGGAUCUUCGGUGGUUGCCCGGAAGCAUCGAGAAAAGCGGCGUUGAAACGCAACAAGAUCGAAAAGGAAGAGAGCCAAGAGACCGACGAAUGGUGCCUGUAGUCAAGGGCUUUGAAUACCUCGUUGCAAAUCGUUUCACACCGUCGGCAAAAUCGUAGUUCUGUCGCAUCGAACAUUUCACGUAAUACAUCUCAUCGAUCGUUAAAUUUACGAAGUUUAUCGAUAAAAUUUAAAAAAAAAAAAAAGAAAAAAAA